ACCUUUCCAUGUACACCAGGACAACAUAUACCGAACUGCCUCUUAUAUUAGUGCAAGGAUUUUACUACGCAUCAAUUUUCUGAACAUCAAGACAGAAUGGAAGUAAAGGUGUAUGUCGAAGGAGUCCAACGCAUAGUUUGUGGAGUCACUGACAAAACAACAUGUCAGGAGGUGGUUAUCGCUUUGGCACGGGCACUUGGUCGCACUGGCCGAUACACUCUGAGAGAAAAAUUCAAAGAAUUUGAACGUAAUGUGACUCCGGAUGAACGUCUCUUGGAGUCCUUGGAAAAAUAUGGUGAGCAAGCUAAGGAGGUGCAGCUCACUUUGAAGCAUAUCGGUCCAUCCCUUGAGGAAGAAACAAACCUGCCCAAAGCCCAAAUGAGGCGAGUAGAGGGAACAGGGAGAGCGCGAAGAGGCAGUGGGGCAAUCGCCCUACACCGCCAGAGCCUCCCACCACUGUCAUGCCUCUGCCUCCACUCCGAGCCACCACCCGAGGAACCGAAGAGACCCAAGCGGAAGUCACUAACGCUAAUGGAGGAAGCAUGGGGUUGGUUGGAAAACUUGGGCAGAGGCGGGAAGCAGCAAUCUUCCCUGGCCUCUGGGAUGCCGGAGCCAAAAGACAAAAAUAGAGUUGCACCACAUAAGCCUUUGAUCAGUUGUCUUGGGAACCAUGGGAGAUGCACUGAUGAGAGUGCUGUAUGUGAGAGACGAGAGGAAGAGGAACAGAAAGGUGCUGAGGAGGACCUAAAAAGCUUAAAUCCAGUGGUCCAAACAAUCCAUCUAGACACCGAGAGUGAGGAAAUUGUUGAGUUAAGAAGACAAGUUGUCCAACAACAGGCCAGUCUGCAAGAACUAAAGCACAAAAUUGAGUCAACAGAUCAGUUAAUCCUUGAGCUAGAGCAGCAGCAAGCUAGCAGCGAGCUUUUCGAGCUCCAGUCAGAAGAAGAGGAGCAGAUCAAGUUCUGGCUCAAUGAGCUCAAGGCAGAGGAAGUCUUUGAGAGAGACCUUCAGAAGCAAUUCCUUCAGAUAAAAGAGGAAGCUGCUGAGUGCAAAGCUAAGCUGGAAGAGUACAAACAGAAACUGCAAGUGAUGGACUUGAAAAACUUCCAGCAGCAAACAGGUCAUGAAGACGUCACUGGAGAAAAUAUCCAAGCAGAUAGGAAUAAACCUGCCCAAACAAGUGUCAAAGAAAUACAGAUCUCCGCAGAUGGAUCAUGUGGAGAUGCUGGAACACAAAGGGUGGUGACAACUCUGGAGUCCAAAUUCCCAUAUGUGCUUGUUUCAGCAAACCAAAUAUCAAAUCCUCCACUAAGUGGACCAGACGAACUGAGGGAAUGGUGGACGCGAUGGUCUCAGAGCCAGAAUCCAACAUCAGUGACAAAACAUAAGAGAGUUCACCGCUCUGAAAUCACCAUACAGUUGGGAAGCACUAGAGUUUAAGCACUCUGAAACAUCUUAACUCCUGUUUUGUUUAGGAUUCAUGGAUACCUCAUUUAAAAGAGUGCAAAGGCACAAUGUUUAAAGGUU